AUGAGGCCCGGGGGGCCCCUGCCGGCGCUGGCGCCGGUGCUGGCGGCGCUGCUGGGGCUGUGCAGCGCCGAGCGCCGGGCCCUGGUGCUGCCGCGGCGCCUGGGCGCGCCCGCCGGCCGCGAGCGCUUCCGCCUGGAGGCCUUCGGGGAGCGGCUGACGCUGGAGCUGGAGCCCGACAGCAGCUUCCUGGCCCCGGACUUCACCCUGCAGUACCUGGGCGGGCCGCCGCCGCCGCCCGAGGACGACCUCUCCCGCUGCUUCUACUCCGGCACCGUGAACCGGGACCCCAGCUCCGCCGCCGCCCUCAGCCUGUGCGCGGGGAUGCGCGGCGCCUUCUCGCUGCGGGGCCGGCAGUACCUGAUCCAGCCGGCCCCCGGCACGGCGCACCGCGCCGGACCGCACCUCCUCCGCCUGCGCGGGGCCCGCCGGGCCGCCCCCGCCGCCCGCUGCGCCGUGGCCGAGGCGGGGGCGGGGGCGGAGGGGCCGCAGCCCGCCGGGCUCGCAGAAACGAGAAGCAGAAGGAAGAAGAGGUUUGUGUCCAGCCCCCGCUACGUGGAGACCAUGCUGGUAGCCGACCAGUCCAUGGCCGAGUUCCACGGCAGCGGGCUGAAGCACUAUCUCCUGACACUGCUCUCCGUGGCGGCCAAGCUGUACAAGCAUCCCAGCAUCCGCAACUCCAUCAGCCUCGUGGUGGUGAAAAUCAUGGUCAUUUACGAGGAGCGGAAGGGACCUGAUAUCUCUUCGAACGCGGCCCUGACUCUGAGAAACUUCUGCAGCUGGCAGAAGCAGCACAACCCGCCCAGCGACCGGCACGCGGAGCACUACGACACGGCAAUCCUCUUCACCAGGCAGGACCUGUGCGGUGCCAAGACAUGUGAUACUCUUGGGAUGGCUGAUGUGGGAACAGUUUGUGAUCUAAACCGCAGUUGCUCUAUCAUAGAAGACGAUGGUUUGCAGGCUGCCUUUACAACAGCCCACGAACUAGGCCACGUGUUUAACAUGCCUCAUGACGAUGCAAAGCAGUGUGCUGGUAUUAAUGGAAUAAGCCGGGAUUUCCACAUGAUGGCAUCUAUGCUUUCCAAUCUGGAUCGCAGCCAGCCGUGGUCUCCGUGUAGUGCCUACAUGAUUACAACAUUUUUGGAUAAUGGUCAUGGUGAGUGUUUGUUAGACAAGCCCCACAAACCAAUCCAGCUCCCUUCUGACUUGCCUGGCACGUUGUACGAUGCCAACAGACAGUGCCAGUUUACAUUUGGAGAUGAGUCCAAGCACUGCCCCGACGCAGCCAGUACGUGUACGACGCUGUGGUGUACUGGCACUUCUGGAGGACUGCUUGUGUGCCAAACCAAACACUUCCCUUGGGCAGACGGCACCAGUUGCGGGGAAGGGAAGUGGUGCAUGAAUGGCAAGUGUGUGAAUAAAACUGAGAAGAAGCAUUAUGAUACGCCAGUGCAUGGGAGUUGGGGGUCCUGGGGGGCGUGGGGAGAGUGCUCCCGGACCUGCGGCGGUGGAGUGCAGUACUCCUUCAGGGAGUGUGACAACCCCGUCCCGAGGAACGGCGGGAAGUACUGUGAAGGGAAGCGCGUGCAAUACAGAUCAUGUAACAUCGAGGACUGCCCGGACAACGAUGGCAAAACGUUUAGGGAGGAACAAUGUGAAAAGCACAAUGAGUUUUCCAAGUCUCCCUUUGGAAGUGGACCUGCAGUGGAGUGGACACCCAAGUUUGCUGGUGUCUCUCCAAAGGACAGAUGCAAGUUGGUUUGCCGAGCAAAAGGAACAGGAUACUUCUUUGUUUUACAGCCAAAGGUUGUGGACGGCACCCCAUGUAGCCCCGAUUCCACGUCCGUGUGUGUGCAGGGGCAGUGUGUAAAGGCUGGCUGUGACCGUGUGAUAGGGUCCAACAAGAAGUUUGACAAAUGCGGUAUUUGUGGUGGCAAUGGAUCCACUUGCAAGAAAGUGUCUGGCACACUUGUAAGAGCAAAACCCGGCUACCACGAUGUCGUCACCAUUCCGGCUGGGGCAACCAACAUCGAGGUGAAGCAGCGGAACCACAGGGGUGCGAGGCACGAUGGCAGCUUCCUUGCUAUCAAAGCUGCAGAUGGCACCUACGUCCUCAACGGCGACUACACCUUGUCCACGCUGGAGCAGGACAUCACCUACAAGGGCAGCGUGCUGAGGUACAGUGGCUCCUCUGCUGCCCUGGAGAGGAUCCGCAGUUUCAGCCCCCUGAAGGAGCCUUUGACCAUCCAGGUCCUCACAGUGGGGGACCUGCCACAGCCCAAGAUCAAGUUCACCUAUUUCGUGAAGAAGCCCACGCAGCCUGGGUCGGAAAAGGCGCCCGGUAGAAAGAAAGAGUCCUUCAACGCCAUCAGGGAGAUCAUCUCGUCCGAGUGGGUCAUCGAGGACUGGGGCGAGUGCUCCAAGUCGUGUGGCUCGGGCUGGCAGCGGCGGGCAGUGGAGUGCCGGGACCCGCAGGGCCGGCCGGCCUCCGACUGCGCCCGGGAGCUGAAGCCCAGCAACCUCCGUCCCUGUGCCGACGUGCCCUGCCCGCAGUGGCAGCUGGGGGACUGGUCACCCUGCUCUAAGACAUGUGGGAAAGGUUUCAAGAAGAGAUUGUUGAAAUGCAUUUCUUACGACGGCAGCGUGCUGCCGCAAGAAAGCUGUGAACCUUCCAAGAAACCGAAACACCUAAUAGACUUCUGCAACGUUACGGACUGCAGUUAAAAUAGGACAAGUUGGGAAAGCUAAAAGUCUUUUUUUUUUUUUUUUUUUUUUUUUAACUUCAGAACAAUGCACUGAAAAAAAGAAAGAGGGCUAGAGGCAGCACAUCUGUUUUUGCAUAAAAAAUUCAUAGUAAAGAUCCACUGAGGUGGGACACUGCAAAUAGCUUUAGUUGGCUUUGCAUCCUAAAAAUACCCUGCCAACUGAAAAUUUGAUGGGAUAGCAGACCCAUGUCACUCACUCGACUUCAGCAGAUAAGGCCCAAAGGCAUCAUAAUGGCCUUUUUUAAAGUCUGUUACAAAUUAAACAAAACAGGAGCAGUAAGACAAGUUUAAGCAAACAUUUUGGGGUUUAGUUAUUUCUUCCUUCUUUUGGAUUUAUAUUGUGGUACUGAUCAAGUCCCCAGGUGUAGGAAAGGGAGGGAAAGGGGAGUGAAAAAGAUAGCUUAAAAUAAUUGGUCAGAGCUUACCUACCUCACAAAGGGCAAAAAAACAGGAUUGGAAAAGGAGCUUUAACUAUGUCAUUCAGGGCUGCUAUUGUUUUAGAGAAUAGUUUUAUAUAAAAAUAAAGCCAUAUUCUCUACGUGUAAAGAGUAAGAAAUAUCAAGAAUAGUCGGUCAACUUCACAAAUAACUAAAUGUUUUGGGUUUUUUAAGUGCCUUUAUGUCAUCCCAAUGUGCCUGUCCAUUUCUCUCAUCCACUCCAGUGCCAUUGUGGUGACAUAUGUAAUCCAGAGGCUAGAAAAAGUGGAAAUCUUAAUGGAACAUAUGUUAUCUCUGGUUGCUCUUUGUGCCUUCUGCAUACCUUCCACUGGCUUUUCUGAUUCCAGCUUGGUCCUACCUUCCUGUCAAACAGACUGAUGGAGUUUGUGAGCAUUUGAGUGAAGCUUUGACAUUCAAAUCUUUUGCCUUGCCCCAGCCAAUGGAUAUUGUUUGCUUUGGGUUAAAAAAAAAGAAGAAUCCCACUGUGAAUGGGAACCUCCUAUGUAGCCUCUGAUGGGUUUGUAGUGCUCAAUCACUGAUAAGGUGGGAAGGCAAAGCUGAAGGAUAGCAGGUCCAUCCACAGCUGCAUUCACAUGAUUGAAGUUUGUGCCAGUUCAUAGACAAUGAGAGAAUAUGGCUUUCCAUAUGUAUAUAGUAAAAUAUAUUACUAUAGAUUUUAUAUACUUUAUAAGUAUUUUAUAUUUCUUUCCCUUCUGGGAAAGGUUAUAAAUUGUAAUAAAUGCAUAUAAUGAGCAUAUUUAUUUUUAUACUUCUUGUCUAAUGUGAUCUUCUAAGUUAUCACUUUUUUAAAAGGACAUAUAACAAGGAUAGAGUAUUUAUACAGUAUAAUAUGUUACUAGAGGUAAUAAAAGAACCCUAUAAAUUUUGGAAAUGGAGUGUCUUUAUUUCACUGGACUAAAACUAGUCCAUCAAGCAGAAAGAGCUUGGAAUCUAAGGAAAUGUUAUGCAAAAGGCUACUAAUUAACUGUGUUAGCAAAGAGGUUUGGAAAACUCUACCUGUAACACCAUACAUCACAUUAAAAGAGGUAAUUUUGUAUUUUAUUACUUAACCACUAAUUCAUCUAUUAAAAAUCACAGUGCAACUGGA